UUCCAAAAUCAACGUAGAUAUGUUGCCAGACAAAAAGGCGGCGCUGCUGCUGGUAACCGCGAUCACUGCCCUCAAAUUGGAGGGAAUCGAUUCCUUUAGGCGAAACUUCGAGGCGCGCCAAAGCAGCAAUUCGAAUAUUCCCCUGUGGAAGCAGCGAGCCUGCGAAAAGUCGCAGAAACAGAAGCCAAAUGCCCAUUAUGUGUGCGAUGAGAAGGGCGACUUCAAGUGUCUGCCGGGAUGGCAGGGUGACCUCUGCCAGGUGCCCAUGUGCCGAAGAGGCUGCGACCCCAUGAACGGCUACUGCCAGCGACCCGGGGAAUGCAGGUGCCGCAUCGGAUACAGCGGCGAACUCUGCGACAAGUGCAUCCCGCUGCCCGGCUGCCAACAUGGAGGAUGCACCAAGCCCUUCGAGUGCAUCUGCAAGCCCGGCUGGGCAGGACUCUUUUGCACGGAACCCAGUUGCCGGAGCGGAUGCCACAGCACCCGGGGAUAUUGCGAGGCGCCGGGGGAGUGCCGCUGCCGCAUCGGCUACGCCGGACGCACCUGCUCCGAGUGCGCCACGAUGCCGGGCUGCCAGCACGGAACCUGCAACAAGCCGCUCGAGUGCCUCUGCCUGCCCGGCUACACGGGACUGCUCUGCCAGACGCCCCUUUGCGACUCCGAGUGCAGCAAACAGCACGGAUAUUGCCGCAAACCAGGCGAAUGCCGCUGCAAGGUGGGCUGGACGGGCAGCCAGUGCGACAAGUGUUUUCCGUACCCGGGAUGUGCCAACGGAGAUUGCGAGGCGCCGUGGGAGUGCAACUGCCAGCCAGGCUGGGGCGGGAUGCUCUGCGAUGAGAAGCUCACCUACUGCGUGGAGCAUCCGGACACGUGCGAAAACGAGGGCAAGUGCAUGUCGCUGAGCCGCGAGGAUGGGAGCUACCGCUGCCAGUGCCGGCAGGGAUUUCUGGGCAAGAACUGUGAGAUACGCGAUGACUUUUUGCUGACCUCGGUGGCGCCGCCGCGCAUCACCCCGCCGACGCCCACCGAGCUGGAACUGGAAGUGGACCAGGACCAGAACCAGGAGAAGGACAAGGAGCAAGCCAUGCCCACAGGUGUGCUCGAUGACAGCAGCGCAAUGGCGGAAAAGUUGCCGGCGGUUAACGAGCCGGAGCGCCGGACAAAUGACACCGCAGCCGUGGUGGCAACCGCAGGAGCAGCAGGAGCCGGAGCCACAAGGACGACAGUGGUGGCAACUGGAGCUGGCAGCCACAAUGCGACUAAUGAAGCGUUAAGCGCCGUUACAACGAGGCGUGCCACCCCCGCAGCCACCACACCGGCAACAAUCGGGGAGAAAGCCGUGAGGGGCAAUGCAACAAGUGUGGCACGCCCACCACCCAUCGGCCCCACGCAGUCCACUGGCCAGGAGCAAACAAUAGCAACUUUGGCGCCAGCUGCAACAGCAACAGCAGAAACAGCAACACCAACGGCAACAGCAACACCAACGAUUACAGCAGCAACAUCCGUGACCAGCCACAAGGAUAAGCCAAAUGCGGAGGACGAGGAGGAGGAGGAAGAGGACGAGGACGAUGAGGAGGACGAGGAUGGCGAAUAUGACGAGGAGGAGGACGAGGACGAGGACGAUGAGGAGGAUGACAGCGAUCAACUCAUACCAAAUAUUAUAUAGUUAAGAAGCUGACAAAUGACGGGUUUUUUUUUAAU